CAGAUCAGGCCCACAAUGAGCAUGCCACACCUGUUGCUGCUACCAUGGCACUGGCAUUGGAAGAUGCAAUCCUUGGAGGCUGGCUCUGCUAUUCUGUGGAACCUGCCGCCCGAGACAGUCACCUCUCCUUGCCUCAUGGGUGGGCCGGCCCUGGAUGGGACCCACCGGCACUUAAUGCCUUCCAAAGAACUGGGUUGGUUAGAAUUUUUCCAAUCCCAUAGACAGUAUCUAAGCAAAUGGGUUGGGAGGGACUUUGAAUCUGAUUCUUACCAUGUGUUUUUCUCACUUUACACGCCAGGACCCCCCUCUGCUCCCCGGAGUGCCAUCUCAAAUGUUAACGAGACUAGUGUCUUUCUGGAAUGGAUUCCUCCUGCUGAUACUGGUGGAAGGAAAGAUGUGUCUUAUUAUAUUGCAUGCAAGAAGUGCAACUGGCACUCGGGUCUCUGUGAGGAGUGUGGUGGUCAUGUCAGGUACCUCCCACAACAAAGCGGCCUGAGAAACACCUCUGUGAUGAUGGUGGACCUGCUUGCCCACACAAACUAUACCUUUGAAAUUGAGGCACUGAAUGGUGUGUCCGACCAGAGUCCGGCUGCGAGGCAAUUUGUGUCAGUCAAUGUAACCACAAACCAGGCAGCACCAUCUCCAAUCACAAAUGUGAAAAAAGGGAAAGUCGGCAAAAAUAGCAUCUCACUCUCUUGGCAGGAGCCAGAUCGACCCAAUGGCAUCAUCCUGGAGUAUGAAAUCAAAUAUUUUGAAAAGGAUCAAGAGACCAGCUACACUAUCAUCAAAUCCAAGGAAACGAAAAUUGCCGCAGAUGGACUGAAACCUGCUUCAGCAUAUGUCUUCCAGAUCCGAGCACGGACCGCAGCAGGGUACGGCAGCUUCAGCCGAAGAUUUGAGUUUGAAACCAGCCCAGUGUCAGUAGCCGCAUCCAGCGAUCAGAGCCAGAUCCCUAUAAUUGCUGUGUCUGUUACAGUGGGAGUGAUCCUCUUGGCUGUUGUUAUUGGUUUCCUUCUCAGCGGAAGGAGGUGUGGCUACAGCAAAGCAAAACAGGACCCCGAAGAGGAAAAGAUGCAUUUUCAUAAUGGUCACAUUAAAUUACCAGGAGUGCGGACUUAUAUCGACCCACACACCUACGAAGACCCAAAUCAAGCUGUCCAUGAGUUUGCCAAGGAAAUAGAAGCCUCGUGUAUAUCAAUUGAAAGAGUUAUUGGAGCUGGUGAAUUUGGCGAAGUAUGUAGCGGGCGAUUGAAACCACCCGGAAAGCGUGAGCUACCAGUAGCCAUUAAAACCUUGAAAGUGGGCUACACGGAGAAGCAGAGGCGAGAUUUCCUGGGAGAAGCCAGCAUCAUGGGGCAAUUUGACCAUCCCAAUAUAAUUCACCUAGAAGGUGUCGUCACAAAGAGUAAGCCAGUCAUGAUUGUAACCGAAUACAUGGAAAAUGGAUCUUUGGAUACAUUUUUAAAGAAGAAUGACGGGCAGUUCACUGUAAUUCAGCUAGUUGGUAUGCUGAGAGGGAUCGCAUCUGGAAUGAAAUACUUGUCUGACAUGGGCUAUGUACACAGAGACUUGGCAGCCAGGAAUAUCCUCAUCAACAGUAACUUAGUGUGCAAAGUAUCUGACUUUGGACUUUCCAGAAUUCUUGAAGAUGACCCAGAAGCUGCCUACACAACAAGGGGAGGGAAAAUCCCAAUCCGAUGGACAGCUCCAGAAGCCAUCGCCUUCCGCAAAUUCACUUCUGCCAGCGAUGUCUGGAGCUACGGGAUUGUGAUGUGGGAAGUGGUGUCUUAUGGGGAGAGACCUUACUGGGAGAUGACCAACCAAGACGUGAUUAAAGCUGUCGAAGAAGGGUAUCGCCUGCCAAGUCCCAUGGACUGCCCAGCUGCUCUUUAUCAACUUAUGCUGGAUUGCUGGCAGAAGGAAAGGAACAGUAGGCCCAAGUUUGAUGAAAUUGUAUGCAUGUUGGACAAGCUCAUCCGCAACCCUAGCAGCUUGAAAACAUUGGUGAAUGCAUCAAGCAGAGUUUCAAAUUUAUUAGGUGAACACAGCCCGCUGGGAAAUGGUGUCUACAGAUCUGUAGGGGAAUGGCUGGAAGCCAUCAAAAUGGGACGGUAUACAGAGAUUUUCAUGGAAAAUGGAUACAGUUCAAUGGACGCUGUGGCUCAGGUGACCUUGGACUCUAGGAAAAAGGCCACACAGUUAAGAACACUGGGCCAGAAACUCCACUGGUAUAAAUCACCUUCAUCCCUUUGAAGCCCUCACAAUUCAUAUCACUUGGCCUGAGAACACAGUUGUUGGGAAAAGGAGAGCCCCUUCAUCUGUUCAUAUGCCUCUAAAACCAGGAAGGACCUUCAGAAUUUUCCGGAAAACCACAGACUAUGGUUAACAGCUUGUUUGGAAGAGGAAAAAACAAAAACUAUGGAAAACAUGUUGAGUUUGAAUGUGUUGCUCGGUGGGGACAACUGUUUGUUCUGUUCCAGAGCUGGGACUUGGGGGGAUCAAGAUGAGAACCAGAAUUGAACUGAAUUUUCAAACUCCCCGUUAAACCCUUGUUUAAAAUUAAUGUGCCAGUACUCCUGAUUCCCUAAUCUCAUAUCAUGACAUAUCAGCCUGCUUAAGAAACAGGUUGGAACAUAACCUAGAAGAGGAGACUGGUCCUACAAAUAACGAAAUCAGUCUCUGCGAAAGGCAAAUCUAUGUGUCUUUCAUGCGCUAGAAAAGUGAGUGAGCCAGUAUAAUAUUAUGUCAUCCACACCAAGAUUUUGAAGUGUCUGGUGGUUUGGGGUGCCUCUCAGGGUGAGUGUCCAACUUAAGACGCCUUCAGGGGGCCUUGGUUUGUGCCAUUAAGGAAACUGAGCCUUUUGGAGAUGUCUUAGCUGUCAGCUCAAAACCUGAGUCACCUGAAACAAUUUGAAAAUCUUGGUAGCUUCCUUUCAGUAGUCCAGUCAGAAUCCCACCUGCCAGCAAGGCCCUGUCAAAUGCAUGCUCUCAACAAAUGCUGCCUUUCAAACAGUAGCAAAUUGAAAUAAUCCCAAUGGGCAAAUU